UAAGCCACGCCCUCUGUUAGCAACUUGUGGCUAGCUCGCUACCAAGGAAGGCAGAGUGCUCCGAGAUCUGUUCCUCAGACACCACCCCGAGACUGUCCGCCCGUACAUAAUUCGGUCUUUGAAGUCCAGAUGCAUGAGUCUGGGUCAGAACCAACACACACCAUUCCAGCAAGUCAGACAGAGAACGGGAAUACUAGUGAGAAUGAGAGUCGAGUGAGGAGCAGCCAGACUCCUCCUCCAGAGGCACCCAGGGUUCCAGUGUCAUUAUCUAUGAUGACCCCACCAGCAGAAGCCCCACAGCAGUUGCAACAGACACCGCAGCAGCAGGUCCUCAGUCCUCAGCAGCUCCAAGCGCUGCUCCAGCAGCAGAAAGCACUCAUGUUACACCAGCAACAAAUUCAAGAGGUCUUCAAGAAUCAGCAAGAGCAGCUAAAUAUUCAGCUGCUGCAACAGAAAAAUGCUGGGAUUGUCAGUCAAGAGCUGACAGCCCAGCAGAUUGCCAUCCAGCAGCAGCUCCUCCAGGUGCAGCAGCAACAUCUCCUCAACCUGCAGAGACAAGGCCUGCUGUCUGUCCUUCCUUCCAGCCCCAUUGCACUCACAGUUUCAGGCUGUGAGAAUGGUAGCAUCCUGUCCGCUGGGGGAGACACCAGAGAGUCUUCAAGUCAACGAUCUACCAGCAACGGUCAUCACACUCUUCUGAAGAGGAAAGAAAGUGGGUCACUGGAUGAAAACACACAGAAUAGCCAUGCACUGUAUGGAAAUGGCAUGUGUAAAUGGCCUGGCUGUGAGACUGUCUUUGGAGACUUUCAGGCAUUUCUCAAACAUUUGAACAACGAGCAUACACUGGAUGACAAGAGCACAGCACAGUGUCGUGUGCAGAUGCAAGUGGUUCAGCAGUUGGAACUGCAGUUGAAAAAGGACAAAGAGCGACUGCAAGCAAUGAUGGCUCAUCUGAAGUCCUCUGAACCCAAACCCGCAGCGCAGCCUGUGAAUCUGGUGUCUAAUGUAUCCUUCUCCCAGGCAACACUGCCCAAAGGCCCUCCUCCUAUGAGUUUGUCUCAGAGUGCCACGGCACCAUCCACACCCCUGACGCCGCUCUCUGAAUCUCCCUCAGUCCUCACUCCCAAUAGCAUGUUCACUGGAACUCCUGUACGGAGGCGAUAUAGCCGCUCUGUGAGCCAAGGUAACGAUAUAGUUGAUAAUAAGGAGUUCUACUUGAGCACAGAAGUUAGACCUCCAUUUACAUAUGCGUCUCUCAUAAGACAGGCUAUAUUUGAAUCACCUCGCAAUCAGCUGACAUUAAAUGAAAUCUACAACUGGUUCACAAGAAACUUUGCAUAUUUCAGGCGCAAUGCAGCUACCUGGAAGAAUGCCGUCAGACAUAAUCUCAGCCUCCAUAAAUGCUUUGUACGUUUGGAAAAUGUGAAGGGAGCUGUGUGGACAGUAGAUGAGAUUGAGUUCCACAGGAGAAGGCCCCAGAAGGCUGCUGGUAAUGGGUCUAUGCUAAAGAACUCACAGAACCACCACAGCUCAGCUGGCUCUGCUCAUCAGAGCGGCGGUUUCGAUGGCAACAGCUCUCUCUACAACCCAGCCUCUAUGGGCAGCAUACCAUUUCACUCCCUGUCUCAUGUUCUCCAAGAGCAGAUGAAUGGAGUCCUUGCAAAUGGAUCUGGAUACCAAAGUGACAGCAGCGCAACGCAGUCGCCUCCACAAGCUUUCAUUAAAGAGGAGCAGGAGGAUGAGGAGAUAUGUGAAGCGUAUCCCUAUGAAUCCCCAGAGAGCACAGACGAGCACGGCCCCAGCCCAGAGAUGCACCUCGAUGAAGACAACGGCAGCCCGGAGAGGCCCAAUCUUCAUUUUGAUCGCGUACCUUCUCUCUGACUACGAAGUCCAAAUUCUCCACUGCAAGGCAGCCUCACUCACAGCCUGUGUGACUUUGUAUUCCAAAAGUUUCCAAAAACAACUGCUUCAUCUACAUAACCAAGCAGUGCAAGCACUCUUUUACGUGGGGAAAUUUUGUAUCAGCAUUUGUUAUUUUUUUGUUCUUAAUCUAACUCAAUUAUCUCUGUAGAGUGAGAUCACAAAAACACAUCUGUUUAUGAUUUUUCUCAUUUUAUAUAUGUGUACACAUAAAGACCACGAUGAGCAGAGAAGCCAAAGGAAAGGGAACAUUAAUAGUUAGCACUUCACAAUGAAAAAUGUCCCACCUCUGUAUAGCCACUUUAUGCCACGUGGGGGGCCUCACUACCUGAUUUUAUUUUAGUAGUCAUAAUAUAUAAAACAUUUUGUAGAGGUAAAAAAAAAUGUUGCUUUAAAAAAUUGUAAUGUUCACUGCCAACAUGAUCUGAUAUAUUUGUAUCUAAGGUAUAAUCAAUUGAUCAAAAGAAUACAUAGCUUCUUUAUACUUGUUGGUCUUUUUCACCCCUUCCACGAACAUUGCUAAAUUUGCUCUAAUUGAGCUUGUGAGAGUAGAUAAUAUAGAUUUACCAUUAUUGUAAACCAAUGCAUCUCUAUGAAUAAUAAAUCCCUCAUGAAAAAUGUG